AUGUCGACAUCUGCCCGCCGUCGUUUGAUGCGUGAUUUCAAGCGUAUGCAAACAGAUCCCCCGGCCGGUGUCUCUGCGUCACCCGUCGCCGACAAUGUCAUGACAUGGAACGCCGUUAUCAUUGGACCAGCCGACACGCCCUUCGAAGAUGGAACCUUUCGCCUAGUUAUGCACUUUGAAGAACAAUAUCCCAACAAACCACCCGGCGUCAAAUUCAUCAGCCAAAUGUUCCAUCCAAAUGUCUACGGUACUGGCGAGUUAUGUCUGGAUAUCCUACAAAACCGCUGGAGUCCUACGUAUGAUGUAGCUGCUAUCUUGACCAGCAUCCAAAGUCUACUCAACGAUCCCAAUACCUCUUCCCCCGCCAACGUCGAGGCUUCGAACUUGUACAAGGAUAACCGCCGUGAAUACGUCAAACGAGUGCGUGAGACCGUGGAGAAAAGCUGGGAAGACUAG